GCUUCCCCAGCGCCUUCUCCUCUGGCAUUGCUGUGAGCCUCCCAUAGAUAGCAGGGACAGGUAGACAGGUGUUUGGGAAUUCGGGAGUCUCCUUCUCACUGACACCUUGGAAGCUUCAUCUGCUGCGUCUCUGGAACAAUGAAGACCUGGAUCCUUCUCAUCACAGCAGGAAUUGCCUGCAGCUUGGCCUCUGGCAGCUUGUACACAGAUCCUGACUCCUGCAGGGGGCGCUGCCACGAGCCGUACAACAAGCAGGAUGAGUGUCACUGUAAUACCAAGUGUGAAAAACAUCGCAACUGUUGUGAAGACUACCAUAUGCACUGCAGCAAAGAGGGAUUCUCCAGCAGUCACGACUCCAUCACCAACGAAGAGCUCCUGAGCAUCUCCGAGCAGCUUUACAAGGUGGACCACAACAAAGCCCAGAAGUCAGACAUCAACAUUAACCCGCAGCAUCUCAUCUCGUCCGCCGAGACCAGGGACAAAGAGGAUCAUUCUCCUGAGCCACUCUACACGUAUGUCAACGAGAAGCUCUUCUCCAAACCCACCUAUGCCAGCUUCAUUAAGCUGCUGGAUAAUUACCAAAGGAUGACGGGCAGAGGGGAAGCCUUCAGUGCUGAGCAGCUGAAGGAGCAGGAGAACUUCCUGCAGGAGGUCAUGAAAACGGAGCUCAUGAAAAAGCUUUACAAUUUCCUGCACAAGAAAAAGCGCUACAGCACCCAGGAGGAGUUUGUCAGCGACCUGAAGGAGAUGUGGUUUGGCCUGUAUUCCAGGGGCAAGGGUGAGGAGGAUUCCAGCGGCUUCGAGCACGUCUUUUCAGGGGAAGUCAAAAACGGAAAAGUGUCCGGAUUCCACAGCUGGAUUCGUUUCUACCUUCUGGAGAAGCAGGGGCUGGUUGACUACUACAGCCAUAACUAUGACGGGCCGUGGGCCUCAUACCCUGACGUGCUGGGGAUGCAGUUCAGCUGGGAUGGCUAUUUCAAGGAGGUGGGCUCUGCCUUCAUUGGCUGCAGCCCUGAGUUUGAGUUUGGCCUCUACACUUUGUGCUUCAUUGCUCGGCCGGGGAAGAUGUGCCAGCUGAGCCUAGGGGGCCACCAGCUGGACAUUCAGACCUACACCUGGACCAAAUCCACCUAUGGCAACGACAGGAAGUAUAUAGCGACUGCCUACGUGACAUCAUCCUGAUGCUGCCAGCGAUCCCAGCUGCGGGGAGGGACGGGGAGGUGGAAGGGUGGUGGUGACAUCCUGGGAGCACGCAGCUGCACCAGGAAACUUGGGCUUAUAGAGGGGGCACAGGCUGCAAGGUGCUGAUCGCGCCCUUCUGCACUUGCCAGGCCUGGGCCCUGCCUUGGCGGGGUUAAAUGAUUUUGCUGCAUAGGCAUUGUGUUUGCAUGAUGCUGAAGGAAGCUGGGGCCCUCCAAGACACCUGCACAAUGAAGGAAGGAAGGAAGACAAUGUAAACUGUCUGUAGCCCUAAAUAAGCACCCAGUUCCCUUCCCAAGCAUGCGUCCCUCGGUCCCAGCAGAAGGGUGAUAAGAAGUGUUGAGUGUCUAAUGUGACAGAUGGGAAUUAAUGCAGACAAGUUAAAUAAAAGAUGCUUUGAAGGAGUUGGCCUUGCCCCCUUUGUGACAUGUUGACUGUCGGGCUGCACAGACUCCUCUCCCUGCCCCUGGGAUGUGGGGGUGCUAAUUUCUUCAGCUAAUUUCCAUUGGCUACACAAGCAGAGGGUUGCUUUGGGGUGGAGAAAGCUUCUCCUUCUCCACUGGCAUUGCGGCUGGGUUUGGCCCACAGGGAUUGCCAGGAAAGUUCAGUACAAGGCGUAUGGAGUUCCACGGACUUCUGGCCCAUGGCCACAGCUCAUCAAUGGUGCUUGGCGUUGGACUAACUGCUUGCACUGAAGUCACAGGUAGAACUCCCCUUAACUGCAAUGGCGUAGCUAGGGCAAUGCUGUGUGCCUUUGGACCGUUGCCCCGCCAAGUUCUGCUGUAAAGCUGGAAGCUCCCUGGAGACCCUGGAUUUACACUGGUGUACAUGGGAGCAGAAUCCUUCCAUGGUCUCUAAAGCCACUGUGGUCCCGACAAGAUCUAAGGGC